AUGGCGGCAGGUAAACAAAAAAACCUUGAUGAAAUCGAGGAUUUUGAGGAGAUGAUUCUGUUAAUGAGGGAGCUCGGCAUUUCCUCCAAAGGGUUAAAAUCGCUGGAACAAAUGAAAGAUCACGUUAGAACUACACUAGGCCAGUCGUCAAAAUCAUCCGGUUGGAGUGCAGGGCAGGUACUGUGAUUGCUGUUAAUAGUAGAGAUGUGUUAAAUUAAUACAUGUUCGAUAGGCUUUGGUUAUUCUUUAUCUGGGCGCAAUUUGCUCGCAUCAGUACGCAGUAUUAGGCUUGCUCUUCUGUUAGUGCUGUUCUGUGAGGGAACUUCCGAGAUAGCGGAAUUGUGCAAUUAUGUACGCGUGAAAACGACGAUUCCUCUCUUUUGCGUAUAAGUUAUAGAUAACUAAACUUCGAAAUUACAGCGGUAAAUUAAGCCAGGUAGAUUUGAUUUGCUUGAACAGCUGUUUAUCACCGAAUCAGGCUUAAUGGUGUAUAGCGAAGAACUAUACUAGCGUAGAAGGAAUGAGACAUAAGAUGGUAAUCAAUGUUACUAGGAAACUGAGGGUUAAAAGGCCUGACAUUACGUUUUAGAUUCGACUAAUUUUUUUAGUACUCUAAUUUUUAAUGCAUAUAGUUGCGUGUUCUAAAAAUUGCUACAGUUACUGAUGCUUUUGUAAGAGCCCUUCGCCUUCUUUACAAACAAAAUGGAGGGCACAUUUUAUUUCCGCUGCGUUUUCUUUUGUAAUUGUAUCAAGGCUAAUAUGUAUCAAGUGAAUAAAAAAUUCCUGUCAAGUAAAAAGCGACCAAGCUAACUUUUCCAGAGAGGUAUCUGAAGAACUCAGAGUAGUGGUUUACUGAUACGUGAGGCGGAAGUGCUAGCCAAGCCCAAGAGAUAUAUAGUACAAGCAACCGCAAGUAUCUGACAUAUUGCGAUAGCCUUCGAGCGAGCAACAACAGCAAGAGCGUAGUUAGCAACUGUCAUUUUUUGAAGCACCUAUAAUGAGUACUCCGUUUGACUUUAAAAGCUGGUCCGAAACUAAUGGACUGAAGAAGGAUACUACCGACCUCCUGACGGAGCAAGAUCUCAACUUGCUAAAGAAGCCCUUGUUCUUAAUUUAUCACUUGGCACCGAGUGGGACGUAACAAAACUGGAAAUCAUGAUGACCCUUGGUCAGCGCAAACUUCCACUCAAAGCGAUCGCCACGUUACGAAAAGACUAUCCAAACGAGGCGCAAAUAGAUAUGGCGCGCCGUUUGUUUCAAAAUUGUUUGUUAACGUAAUGUUUAAUGUGGUGCCGACAUAUCCAGUGAAAUGUUCCUGUGAUAGAAUGAACCAACCAUCGUUAUUUUUCACCUUGAUAUCACUUUACGGUUCGUGAUGUGACAUUUUCUUCCUUGAUAUCAUGUUACUGCCGUGAUGUAUGUAACAUUUUCUACCUUCAUCAUUUUACUGCCGUGGCGUGAUGUGACAUUUUCUUCCUUGAUAUCUUUUUACUACCGUGAUGCAACAUUUUCUUCCUUGAUAUCUUUUCACUGCCGUGAUGAACCAGACCUUUUCUGCUUGGCGGAGCAUUUUGUAUAUAUUGUCUUUAUACAACCUUGAGCACAAAUAGUAGUCAGGUGACUAGGCUGUUCACGGGUACCUUGUAUUAUUUGUUUAGAGAUUGUCUACCUCGCGUAUGAAAAUAAAAUUACUGAAGUAGUCAAGUAGCCGGUAGGAGUGUGGGGUUAGGAAAAAGAUAAAGUAGGGUCGCUUGUUGUCGCGCUCCGUGCUCGCCAUUUCUCGGUGUGGCCGGCCUCGUCGAUUUUUGAAAACAAAACAAAGACAAGUCUGUGUAACUUCAUUUUAAAAAUCGCGUUUCUUGUGAGCAGUAAGAAAAAUAAAGCACAAAAUGUAUGGAAAAAAAUUGGAAAUUAGAAAAUAUAUUUUAGCAAAUACCACCCCUUUCUUCGGUUCGAACUUUCACGUCUAGACUGAAAAAAAAACAACAACAAAACAAAACAAACAAAAAAAACAGAAACGCUUGCUGUCAGGCUAUUAUCGUUCAAGCCAAACAAAGGACACGUGAGUUUGCAUGUUUAUUUCAAACUUUUAAAUGCGUUGGUGACAAGAUUAAUUAUCGUGUCCUUUCUUUCUCAUCAGCAGGUAAGGGAAAUAAAAUUAAUCCUCUCUGCAGAUAGUAUUUGACAAUAAUUAAGGGCAGUGGCCAAGCCUGGGACCGGCCUCCACAGUGGGGGAAAGGGCCUCGUUUCGCACGCCGAUUCUCAAUUUUAAUUAAUUGGACAGAGGCUCAAAAUCGACUAAAAUUAGAUAAUAAAUUGUUCGGUUACAGUUGAGUUCUUUAGUGUCUUCGACUUUAAUAAGUCCUUACUUCUUUCCGUAGGCCUUUUCUAUCUUGUCAGAUGUACGAGAUGACGGAGUAAGAAAAAGAAGAAGUUUACUCAGUCUUCUCACUGAAGUCGAGGGAUUGUUGAAUAAACUAGACUCCGACCAAUUUCGUGUCCACCAUAUCGAGCAUCACAAACUGCAACUGACACGAAAGGAAUACUUUGUGCUUGUGGCAGGUAAACAGGAACGAACAACCUUGCGUGAUUGAUCGUAAUUAAUUUUAUCUUAUUAAGCUUCGUCAUGUACAACGACAAACAAAAACCUUAGAGAAUUUUGUUUUACAACGUAUUCCUAGACGUUCACUCAAAUAAACAGGGACACAGUGCUGUUGGUUGAUUAUCUUAUUAAAGGACAACGAUUUUCGACGUCAUCUAUGAAGAGAUCUGGUAGAGAAAAAAGGCGCAGAUAAUUGCACAAGGAAAAUACCUUGUGAAUCAUUCAUUCAGCGGUUUUGAGAAUUAAACUUAUUUUCUUCAUAUAUAAAACUUUACAAAUAUCGAAAAUGUUUUGCACGUCGUUCUUUAUUCUUUGCCGCUGUUGAACCCCAAUUUGGAGAAGGCAUUGUUCGAUUGGCCAAUCGUGUUGCAGUAUGACGUCAUAGCGAAGUAUGCGAUUGAUUUCUGGACAGUUCUCGGGCACGAAUUUUUUUUCCCCCAAGCGUUCGCUCAACCAACCAAAAGACACGAGGGUUCGUAUCCGUUCGAUAAACCAAACAAAUCGCUCUAUUUCAGUUCGUUUGUUGCUUUUGUUCCGUUCGCGCGUUUUCAUUUCAAGGUGAUAAGAAAUUCGCUCUAACAAACGACACUAUAAACAUGCUAAGACAGAGGAACAGGAGCACCCAACUAGAAUAUAGUUUAAAACCACUUAAGCAUUGUUAAACGUAUUUUAGUAUUUAAACGGUAGAUAUAGGCAUAUUUUUAUCCCCUAAAAAUUUUUCAUCUGUUCGGAUUUCCUAGCAAAAAGUCUAGUGAUCCGAAAAUUAUAGGGAUCAAAACUUACCUUUUCGAAAAUUUCAGCCAGAACAAGAGGCUCCCGAAAAUUCUAGGUGGCCUUUUUAGGGUAAAAACCUGUCAAAAACGGGCAAUUAUACCAUUUUUUAGAUGUUCGUAAAUCCUACGAGAGGCAGGCGAGCAGUAAAUUUUACAAAAAAUUUUCGAAAAGUUCUAGAUCUCAAGUCGUCUUCCGAACACAUAUUUUUUUAAACGUGACGUUGGGUCCCCCUGGAGGAACACCUUGAGAAAGUUGAGCGAAAUUAUACAAAAUGUUUUCUAUUAACCCUGCAUCUUUUCAUAAAUCCGCAUAAAAAUAUUUGUUGUUUUUAUUGCCUUAUUGACAGCAAAAGAUGCAAAAAAAUGUUGAAUUACAAUAUAUUAUAGAGACUCAGUCUCUAGUUGAUCUCGGAAGGAUCAUGGCGGAUACUGUGGAUAUAUUCUGAGACAUAAUGAACAAUCAUCAUUCUUUAAAAUCGAGGUGAAUAGUGAAAGCCACUAUUCACGGAGAUUGAAAUAAUUGUUUUAGUAUAUACACAAGAAGUGAUCUCAACAAAAUCAGAGAGGAAGCCAUUAAAAGGUACGAUUUGAUUGACGGAUUAAAUCACGCGAAAGUUUUCAAACUUUGCAAAGAUCUAUUUUUAAAAAAAGAGAUCUUUGCAGAAUUUUCAAACAUGGCAAUUCACAAGUUUAUCACUUCGCAAACAACAGCGUAAUGGCUUAAAUGGAAUCGUUUAAAGUUUGAAUUCUUUCAGGGGCACCCAACGAGAAUAUAGUUCAAAACCACUUAAACAUUGCAUUGUUAAACGUAUUUUAGUAUUUAAACGGUAGAUAUAGGCAUAUUUUUAUCCCCUAAAAUUUUUCAUCUGUUCAGAUUUCCUAGCUGAAAGUUUAGUGAUCCGAAAAUUAUAGGGAUCAAAACUUACCUUUUCGAAAAUUUAAGCCAGAAAAGAGGCUCCCGAAAAUUCUAGGUGACCUUUUUAGGGUAAAAAUCGUUAAAAUGGGCAAUUAUACCAUUUUUUAGAUGUUCGAAAAUCCUAGGAGAGGCAGGCAAGCAAGAAAUUUUACAACAAAUGUUUCGAAAAUUCUAGAUCUCAAAUCGUCUUCCGAACAGAUAUUCUUCCGAAAAUUGUCGUUGGGUGCCCCUGCUCUUUCCUUACCUGAGAAGAAAAGCAGAGCUUUUUUGUUUUCUGUUGACUCGCCGAGUAUAUAGCCAAAAGGGUUUGUUGUGUCGUUCUUCGCAUGAAUUAGUGUUGACAAAAAUGGCGAGUCGGUUUCUCGAGGUAAGACGUCGUCUUCCAGUACCAUUCUUUUUCCUAUUUACUUGAAACGUAAACUUUUGCAAACAUUUACUUUCAGAUUUGUUUGUCAUAAAUAAACUUCGAUUUUUGGUCCAAAUUUUCUUGUUAGGAAACGCUGAGUUCACGAAACGGCUUCUUCUAUGCAAUAAAUUGGAGUUGUAAACAAUCCAUCGAGCACCAAACUCAGCGACAGUAAACGGAAAAACGUCGUUUUGAAUCCUUCCAUGUCUCUUCUUGCCUUAAAAAAGGGUCAACCCUAGGAUUUUGUUGACCUUUAAAAGAUCCUUCUCUAAAAAAUGAGAAAAACACCAAGCUCACACAUUAUCCACCCGCUAGGAGGUGAAUAUUAUACACUUAAUGUCAGAUCCCGAGGGAAACAGUUAGUUUUGUUUUCCCUAGAGUCCUAGAAACAUCAGGACUCUCGGGAAAACAAAACAAACUGUUUCCCGAGGGACCUGACAUUAAGUGUUUUGUUACAUUUCUAGACUUUCACUUCAACAGAGACAGACGAAUAACCGGAGCGAAUCAAAACAGUCGACUCGGUACUUAUAAGAACACAAAUUUAAUUCUCGAAACUACUGAAUGAAUGAUUUACAAAGUACUUUCCUUAUAUUUUCUUCAUCUUUUACUUCCACUAGCUGCUGUUUCUCUUCUGGGAUAGCUUUGAAAAUCGUUGCCUUUUAGCUUGAGGCUUCAUGUUUGUGUUGUUGUGUUCAUUCACGAAAAAAAAAAAUUGGCGGUGUUUUUCCCGCCUUCUGCCACGCCACUUUCCAACGUGCUUUGAUCACGUGCUGUAAUAUAUCCCGAGCUGGCUACAUUGCUUAAUGUAUCACGAUCGGGAUAUAUUUCAUUUUAGUCAAGGCCAUGUGACCAAGAAUCAGCCAAUGGCAGUCCCUGUUUUGUUGAGUGAAGGUCUUGGAAUAUAACAAUGUUUAAUAGUCCGAGAUAGCGAACCAAUCAGAUUGCUUAAAUCACGAAGAUCAGAGAUCUUGCAAGAUCUCUGAGGGUGUACGUGUAUAUACUAAUCAGUUUUAUUUAGUCCUUAGAACAGAUUUUCCUUCAGUUCUACAUGCAAUACGAUAGUUGUUCAGUAAUCCGAAAUUAAAUACUAAUAACUUCAUACCUUUGCAGGAGAGACAGGGUCUGGAAAAAGUAGCUUGAUAAAUCUUAUUCUGGGAGAAGAGCUUCUUCCAUAUUCGGUUCUUAGCACAACGUCAACCAUUUGUGAGCUUAAGUUUGGGGAGGAACGUAAAAUGGUCGCUCACUUUAAAGACAAGGAUCCUGAAACAGGCCUACCAACAAAGGUUAUCCCGAUAAUGGAGUGUGAAGAAGGUUACCUUCAUCAAAUUUCUCCUUAUGUUCACGUGGAGAACGAUCGCGAAAUGGGAUCAAAUUUCAAGAAGGUUGAGCUCUUUUGGCCUCACAGUUUAUUGGAGGUAGACGCGGCAUAUGUAAUUAUCAAGUCAUAGUUUGAGGCUUAUUUAAUUUUUUUACACUAUCAUAGCUGAUACCAAGUGCGAAACGUAAGCCUUAAAAAUUGAGAAAGAAAGGAGGGUUACGUUGAUUUAAUGAUAAUGAUUUUAAUGGUGAUGAUAAUAAUAACAAUGAUGAUGACGAGCAGACAUUCUUCAAAUGGCGGUUGUCAUCCGUCUAGGUGUAUUUUUGCUGUUUUUCUAUGUUCUUUUCUUCUUCGCAAAGAGGGUGAAAUUUUCUGCUAUUUCUCCGUCUCUAUAAGUGAGAUGAGUUAACGCAAUCGUGUCCUCGGGUCUUCUUGGCUGCCGUCCCUUUUUCUUGCGUUAUCCUGCACUAUUGAUGUUAUUAACCAGUUAACGCGGACGUAUUUCCAAUUUGAUCAACGCUAGUUGGUUGUGAAGAAUAAACCGGGGGUUCGAGCCGAUCUGAAACGGAGAAUGAAAUAUUUUGUACAUAUAAUAAUAGCUAUUACGUACUCAGUCAUACCGCGACACAGUAGUAAGCAAACAAUCUGAGAUAUGAUUGUAAAAUCAAUCUUAUGACUACGUUAUAUAUAGUGAGCUCUAUGUGCAUUGAAUGAGGUAAAAAUUUGAAAGUUUUGUAUUUCAGAAAGGAAUUGUGAUAAUUGAUAGUCCUGGAGUUGGCGAGUCUGAUAUUAUGGACCAGGCAGUCACACAAUAUCUACCCCAGGCGUUUGCUUUCAUCUAUGUCAUUAACAGUGCAAAUUCAGGUGGAAUUCAGAAGGAUAGGGCAAGUAUCGUAUAGUAAACGAUAAUCGUUUAGUAGCUGCUCUCAAAGGGGCUAUUUCACAAGCAAAUUGCUGUUAUAGGUCAAUUCUAUGCUGAAGUCAUGAACUAAGUGCCUUUAACUAUACACAAAACCCCCGUAGGGGUACUCCUGGGAAUUCUUGGUGGGGGUGUGUCGCCCGGUUCUUCAAAUACUGACCCGAUUUCAGACCAUAAAAUGUAAUUUUCCACACCCGUUUUCACACUAGACCUCUAAAAUCCAUACUAGUUUUCAGACCUAGCUUUUUAGCAGAAAUUAUGUUAUCAUUACUUAGAUUAGAGCGCAAUGAAAAAAUUAUUCAAAUCCAUUUCAAAUUCGCAUAUUUCUCUUUCUUUCUAACUCAUUUGGAAUUGAAACGAUAAAUACUUUCAUACACUCCUUAGUUCCCUCGAACACCAUACCCGAUUCCAGUCCAAAAUGGGCAAGGAGUAUACCCGUUUCCAGACCAAAACGUCGCAAAAACCCUACCCGAUGGGGCGACACAUACCUAUAUGGCUUAUAUAAGGGAGUAACCCCCGGGCACAAAACACUCCUGUCGAGUGUUGAGCCCCGCUGAAGAAGAUAUUAAACAAAUUUCACAGCACUAACCAUAUUAUGUUUUUGGCAAUUUUGCACGAGCAUGAAAUCUUGAAAAACACCCAUGUCCAUUCUUGCCAUCCGUGGCAACAGACGACAGGAAACAGUCUCAGUGCAUUGAAGUCAAUUAAUGUGAAAAAUUAGCAAAUUUGUCUGCAUUAACUCUAGCCUUCAGUUCAUGCAUAAUUUGUACCUUUUUGUAGAAAGGCAAAGAUAUCUCGAAAUUCCUCUAACAGAUUUUUGUGAAACGUCGCACCACAGAAGACAAGCACCAAAGGAUAUUAACUCGAGCCACCUUAAUUGCCUUUCAUUUGAUCUAAAGCUGUCCGUGGUGUUCAAUUAAAAUGCGCGUAGUUAAGUUGAGGAAAUUCUUAUAAUCCCAUUAUCCUUACCGAAAUCCUUUGAUGAUACUGAUACAAAUGCUUUUGCAGCUGCAAAAAUUACUAGAGGAGGUUAGAAAAGUCUCAGUUCAAUGCCAGGGUGAAGUGCCUGUCGAAUCUGCAUUUUUUGUCUGUAACAAGUGGGACCAAGUCCCGGAGAAGGAGGCAGAUAAGGUCAAGAAUCAUGUGAUCAAAAAACUACAAGUAUGCUGGCCUGGCGUUGAUCCCGAGUCACAGGUCAUGUAUAUGUCAACAACAAAAGCCAGUAAAGCUCAAGGCUAUGGCUUUAUUACAGAGGAAUUUCGCACUUUGAUGAAAGGCUUGAGGUUUGUGGUGGUAAAGAGUAUUAGAUCCAGGCUGGAAAUUCAUUGGACGUAAGUAUCAGGCUACACGUAACUAAUUUUUCAAGAUUUUUUACCUAGCCUUUUCCCGUUAUGUCCUCUGUUGGCCUUUUCCCUAACCUCCCUGAGGUUCUCACAGAAACGUAUUUUGUAGUAAAGAAUUUUUAAGGAAAUAAUAAAAAUGAGUCGUAAAAUGUAAUCGAGAGUAUUCAACAGAGCCUUUGCCCACAACGGAUAAACGAGCAUGCAGCUCAAUCAAGAUAACGCACUUACCAACUAAAAGGUAAAAAAAUCGAAAUCUCCUUUGCAGCAUAACAGCCUUGAAGGUCGCCUGGAGCGUUGCUAGGCUUUAUUUGCAUCCAUGACCAUGGCAAGUCAGGCGUCCAAAACAUGAUAUUUCCGACACUCGUUUUAGCCCCCAAAAUCCAUAUGAUACAUACCCGUUUCGAGACUUGGCUUCCGAAAUUGUAUUCAGUUUGCAAAUACCAUUAAUUUACCUAAGUAGAAACAACAAAAAGUUUAUUUUUCCCCUUGGAGACUACACCCGAUUUUCAGAUUACAUUGGGCAAAAUCUAAGACUAGUAUUUUUUUUCGGACAAAAGCAGUGCAUAAACCAAACCCUGGUCUUCCCUUUAGGGUUGCACAUACUUGUAUAACUUAAAUGGUUGUCAGUAACACCACCCUAGCUUCCGGAUAACCUUUGUUGCAUUAACUGUUCUUUCCUCAUUUAGAUGGUUGGAUCGCGUUAUUCAACGAAUUAUUAAUCAAGCCAAAGUUUCCGUGAAGAAUGCCUCUAGAAAUCGCAGCCAACUGUACAAAAAGAAGAGUAGAAUUGAUCAGUUUUUAGAGGCGUUUGAAAAAAAGCAAAUGCAAGCAGUUGCAGGCCUUCAUGAAUUUCAGAGGACACUUGAGCAUGGUGCUUUGCAGAAACUAUCCGCGUACCUCUCAUCUGAAGAAGUGACGGCUCGCUUUACGUCAUGGACAUUAGAUGAAGUGCCAGGAUUAGAAGGCAACUGGGACGAUACAAUAAAGGAAAUAAAGAACCUGCUAUCAAAGCGGCUGCGAGAAUUCAUACAGCAAUGGGAAGAAGAUAAUAAAGUGUUUGCAAAUGCUUACAAGUCCCUCGUGGAACACGUUCAAAGUCUCUUCAAUUUUUUUGAAGGACAGUUGCGGAAUCUCGAGAUCGCCAUCACAGCUGAUGUUGAUUCAGAAAAUCUGGACGAGCUUCUUGAAGACCAAGACAUCCCAUUGGCAGCAAAAAUAUUUAUUGGAUUCACUAGCCCAAUCUGGGUUCCACUUGGUUUAGUUGCUCUGGUAAUCACUGCUCCUGUUCUUGGUUUCGCGGCAACUAAAAUGAAGUUGCAAGAAAGAAAAAGAGUUAAACAUUACGAGGGCGACAAGUGUACUUUCUUGAGAAAAGUAUCGAAAAAGUAUCUUGAAGAUUCUAAAGAGGAAAAAGGCCUGAAGCUUUUCGUGAACGAACAAAUGAAAGAAGCCAAAUUCUUCCUCGAGCAGAUUGAGGCACGUCUACCAGAAUUGAUAGAGGAAGGCAAGAUGUUACGCAACCAAUAUGUUGCCGAGACACGCUCACAGAAAGACAUAGCAGACCGAUACCAGCCAAUAAUUGAUGAAGGUUCUCACCUCAGAGGGCGUCUGGCAGAAUAUGGCUUCAAAGAAGUUCGAGCCGCUGAUAUCAGUACUGAUAAUCUGAACUGGAAAGAGGAUACUUCUUCCCGUCUCGGCUGUGGUGCAUUUGGCGUUGUGUACAAGGGAAAUAUGAAACGAAAUGAAGACGUUUACACUGUAGUGGCACUAAAAAUGUACAACGAUGUCCUUGAUGCCAAAAACAACGCAAGCCUUUUUAUGUCUGAAGUUCAGAUUUUGAGGUGAGAGCAAUCCUAUACAGUAAUUUGUUUGUUCAGUAACGAUGAACAGACAGAAAAUAUUAAGCUAAAGAUAGAUCCAGUAUUAGUAAUCGGCUCCUGCCAAUGUGAGGUAGAUAACGUGUAAUGAGAUUGCAUGAAAUUUUAGAUUUAUAUAACUUUGAUUAAAGAACACGAAAAAAAUUAACGAACUAAAUACAAAUCAGAUCUCUUUUAGAGAAUAAAGGACAAACUAGACAUAGACACUCAAAAUGGUAGCCCAUAUAGCGACGUUGGACACUUUUUUAAAAAGUAACUGACCUUCAUCUAAAACGCCUAAUUUUCUUUUUGCUUCUAGCUAUGGGUUCAUGAAUAACUAUUAACUAAAAUGGCCGAACUAACUUUAAGGCUUUUCUGCCGAUAAGGCGACUAACCGGUUAGCUCAACUACUGUUGAUGGAGUGCCAAUAUCCUGGUGAUUGAGAUCAGUCUGAUCACGGGUACACUAUUUUUCCAGAUGUCAGUAGGGACCUGAAAAAUUCAGUGCCCUUGGGUUGGCGUGGUGUACCAUUGGUUACCGCCAAGAUAUCGCCCCAUGUAAGGGAAUCCAAGAUUCCAUGCCGUGGAUUCCAGAGUCCAAUUACUGGAUUCCAGAUUUUUUUCAGUGGAACUUGGAUUCCGGAUUCCAAUUGUUAGUGGGAUUUUAGAUUUCUACGGCUGUAUUCCGGAUUCCAAGGCCCAGAAUUCCGGAUUCCGCAAGCCAAGUUUUCCAAGAUUGCGGAAUCCGGAUUCCCUUACAUGGGGAGAAAGAUACACAUGGGGCACAUGGUACGGUCCCACAGCACACUGAUGGCGUUACCUGUUGUGGUGUCCUGGGUAAUAAGUAAAUAAACAAAUAAAUAGAACUGUAAUUGGCGUAUUAUUUAGCCUUCGGUCAUAUCAGAAAUUUUGCUUUCCUAUUAACUUCUCUUACUCAUUUGUUUUAUGUCUUUAGAAAAUUGAGCCACCCUCAUGUUGUAAAGUUUUAUGGCACGUCGCUGCUUUGGGAAAAAAAUUCCGUGAGAAUUGUUCUGGUUUUAGAAUACUGCAAAGACAACUUACGGAGUUAUAUCUCUAAAAACCACGAGUUAAUUCCGGGGAAAUCCGAAACAAAACGUAAGGCCAUUCGAACUGCUUGUCAGUGGGUGAAAGAAAUCACUGAUGCUUUAGCGUACAUUCAUGACGUACAGAGGAUUGUUCACAGAGACCUUAAACUGGAAAACAUCUUGGUAAGAUGGAAAUUUGUGAUUUUUUGCUCUUCCAUUUUUCCCAAUAGGCCAAGUAGUGGAUAGCGCUGAGUCUUUAUGACAACAAAUCAAAUCUGUUAUUUACUGGGUAAAAACUAUGUCAUCAAAUAAGUAGUGAUCACCCUUUAUCGGAAAAGGACACAAGCAUUUUAUAUAUUUGUGAUUAUAAGAAAAACGUGUCAGGAAAAACGGAAAUAAUGAAAAAAAAGGAAAAAGAAAAAAAAACAACAACAACAACAACCUAUGUAUUGUUGUGAUAGAAUUGACUGUCUGAUAAAUCAUGAUAUAAGGCAAAGUCAUCCAUCGGCGGGACUGUACACAGCCCCUCAAGCUAAAGUAUAUAAUCUUACUAACAUGAUAUAUGAAACUUAACACCGUGUAAAAAGCAUAUAUAAUGAACUAGGGACUAAUAACCCUAUUCAAACCAGUCCAUAACCGCUCCUUUCGGUUAAUGGUCAAUUACUUAUCGUGAAUAAGAUUUUCGAUACCCAAUGUCCACGUGUAAUCCAUCUAAAGAAAGCAUAUUACCAUUCGUUGCCUGGAUUAGUUUUCCUUAAAUGAAGCUUUUAUGGUAAAAGAUUUUAAUCUUUUAAAAAAGUUAAAAACUUUAAAAAAGUGAAGAGGACAUAAAAAAAAAUUUCAAGAAUUGUCUACAACCUUUUUCAAAUGACAAUCCAGUUCCCUUAUUUAAAUCCUUAAUUGUAGCUUGGGAUUAAAGGGGUGCGUAAUCGGGGGGAGGUGGGGUGGGAGUAGGGUGGAUGAAUGUGUACGUUACUCAAAAGAAGAAGGAAUAAAACUUUCUGCUCUUCUAGAAAUCAUGAAACAUCCUUGCCAAUUAAUUAAGAGAUGCCGCGUCUCCCACACCACCGCUAAGCCAUGUCCACAUCUUAGUCGUGUCUGAACUUUUAACUGUUUUUUCUUUGAAGCUAUCAGAGGCAAACAUAGUAAAAGUUACAGACGUUGGCGCAUCUAAAGAAGCAGUAGACAUUACUGGUACCCUUGCUGGAAGCCCCGCCUACAUGGCACCAGAAGUGUUCAAAUCCCAGGUGUAUAACAGCAAAGUAGACAUCUACAGUCUUGGGAUAAUGUUGUGGGAGCUCUGGUACGGAGAACGAGCUUUCGCGAAAAUUGAAUCAGUAUCACUAGAAGAUUUCUUUAGGAUGGUGGAUGACGGUGGUCGUCCAGAACAUGUGAAAGGUUGCCGAGAACCUACCCAUGCGUGGGGAAACCUAAAGAAGGAGCGUUGGCGGAAGAAGCACAAUGACCGCCCCUCAGCUAAUGAAUGCUAUAAAAGAAUUUCGACCCAUCUUCAAGUGGUACAAUUGUAUUGGCCAGUAUAA